GUCCUUAAAUUGUACUUACACCUCAGCACGUCAAUUAAAGUGGGGAAGAAAAAGAUGAAAGCGUUAUUUUUUUUUAUUAAAUAAAAAAAAAUAAAUAAGCUUUAUAAAAAUAUGUGUCUGUGAGUGUGUGUGUGUGUACCUUGGGGGAAGAGGGGGCGAAACAAGAGAGCAAAAAGGUAUAUUUGUCAUUGUUUUCAAUUUUUAAUACUAGAAGGAAACCACGGGUUGGUGUCAUAAGUUUAUGUUGCUCCAGUUAAAGAGAAAAGGUUCAAUAGCUGCAGAUGUGAAUGUUUACAGUAUGAAUAUUUCGAAAAUUAGAGCUCAUUUAAAAGAAAAAUCUGGUUUACAAACAGAGGCUUGUGACGUAAAAAACCAAUGUUCUGAAUCAACGAACAACAGAGCUCAUGGUGAGCUGCGUGUAAACGGCAUUUCCCAAGUAAAUACUUUACAUACAAGGUCCUAUUUGAGUGACAAUAAAACAAACCAAUGCUCCACUGUUAACACGUGCAAUGUCCCUUUAACGUUACGGCAUGUAUUGGAAGAGUUUUUUAAAACGCGUCCAUUACGCGAUUCAAAAUUACAAAGUGAAACGUUUUUUGAUCAUCUGGAAAAAGAAUGGAUUACAACUUUGGAAGCUUUUAUUUCUUUAACACCACAACAAUGUCGUUUGCUAAAUAUCCCUUUAGGAUUACCCAAUGCAGUAUGUGAAUAUGCUGUAGCACAAAAAUAUUUAGGUAAAAAACAGCUACCUGAAGAUUUAACCCAACCGUUAUCUGUAAACCAUUGGAGGUCCGCAAGUUCAGUGCAGGAUACGCAUUUUUUACUAAACAAUGUAUCAGGAGCAAUGUUUUUGAGCAGCCUUAUUUGAAAGCUCCUUUUGUAAAGCAGCAGUAUGAAACUUUACUGCCAACUAGUCGUGGAAGGUACACAGACGCACCUAAGCCUUUUUGUAGUAGCCUCUUAUAUGAUAAGGCAUUAUCGAAUAAACGAAUAGCGUCGAGCACCUGUACAGACCAACUGAGCAGUUUUUCUUCCAGCAACAUAAUGCAAGGACUUGAUGAAAAAAAACAAGAGAGUAUGCGUGGUUCAUAUUGUUCGCUUAAAUCUUUCACACCGCGAGAGAAAAGGGAAAGUACAAGUUUAGACUAUUUUAGUACCCAGGCUUGUUGUUUUACAUGCGGCCAAUUAAUAAAGUGUUGUACGUGUACAAAAGACGCCUAAUCCAAAAUAAAAUAAUCUUUUCGUGCAGUAUAACUACAAUUCAUUUGUUUAUAACAUAUUUUGUUUUCAAUAAAUUUUAUGUAGAAAACCUUUUCUUUUAAAUCAUAGUAAUUUAAAA